AUGCGUGAGGACUGCAAGGGAGACGGAGAGCUGCUGGACAAGUCCACGGAGGACAGGAGGGACAUCCUGGGCGCGCAGCUGGAGGUGUUGGAUGAAGACACUUCGUCCCCGCGGGACAUGCCAUCCGCGCCUCUGCUGGGCAGGAGCGUGUGCGCGAGCUGCAACGAGGAAAUAGUGGAUAAAUACUUAUUAAAGGUGAACGACCUGUGCUGGCAUGUGCGCUGUCUCUCGUGCAGCGUGUGCCAGACUUCACUUGGCAGCCACGCGAGCUGCUACAUCAAAGAGAAGGAGGUGUUCUGCAAACUGGAUUACUUCCGAAGAUACGGCACGUGGUGCGCGUGCUGCGGCCGGAACAUCCACUCCACAGACUGGGUCCGCCGGGCCAAGGGCAACGUCUAUCACCUGGCGUGCUUCGCCUGCUUCUCCUGCAAGAGGCAGCUCUCCACCGGGGAGGAGUUCGCCCUGGUGGAGGGGAAGGUGCUCUGCAGGGUCCACUACGACUGCAUGCUGGACAACCUGAAGAGGGCCGUGGAGAAAGGAAACGGAGUCAACAUGGAGGGAGCUGUGCCCACAGAGCAGGAAAUAAACCAGCCCAAACCCUCCAAGAGAGCCCGAACCAGCUUCACUGCCGACCAGCUGCAGGUGAUGCAGGCUCAGUUCGCUCAGGACAACAACCCUGAUGCUCAAACCCUGCAGAAGCUGGCAGAGCAGACGGGCCUCAGUCGGAGAGUCAUACAGGUCUGGUUCCAGAACUGCCGAGCACGCCACAAAAAGCACGUGAGCCCCAACCACACCUCCAGCACCCCCAUGACCACCCUGCAGCCCAGCCGCCUGUCCCAGCCCACCCCGACCCCUGAGGAGCUGCAGUACACAGCCUACGGAGGCCCGGAAGGCUCAAUGCUCUCUGCGCUCCACUCCUUCAUAGACAUACACUCUCCUCCCUCCAUGUUUCAGCCGCUGCUGCCAGCCCACACCAUGACCUCGCUGCCUGUGUCCCAUGCCUGAGACCCCCCCCCCCCCCCCC